AUGACAGACAAGGGAAAGACGCUGAGAUUAGUCAAGUUUGUUAAGAUCAUAAUUAGUGUGACGGUGCUGACCAUAGUAGCACUGCUCACGGCGGCAGCUUUGCGGACUCUGUCGAUGGAUGUCAACGCUGGACUACAACUCGCACAUUGGGAAAAGACAAAUAACAUUUCGUUUGCCAUAGACCGGGCUCAGAGAGAGCAGCUCCUGUCAAAUCUCAAAGAGGCGAUCCGGAUCCGCACCGUGUCUGUGUCUAGGACUGACAUCAACACCUCUGCCCUGGUGCUCUUUGACAGCUUCCUAAGGAAAGUUUUCCCCCUGGUGUUCUCCUCCAGUCGAGUGAAGCAUGAGCUGGUGGCAGAAUACAGUCACCUCUUCUGGCUCCAGGGGUCUCGCCCUGAGCUGGAGCCCUACAUACUGCUGGCUCACAUCGAUGUGGUCCCUGCCUCAGACACUGAUGCCUGGGACCUCCCGCCAUUUUCCGCGGAGGAAAAAGAUGGCUUCAUUUAUGGCAGAGGAACUAUGGACGACAAGAGCCAAGUGAUGGCAAUUCUGCAGGCGUUGGAAUAUUUAUUGAUGAAAGGCUACACCCCACAGAGAGGAUUUUACAUAGGCCUCGGACACGACGAAGAGGUCGGUGGUGAAAACGGGGCAAUGAACAUAGUCCGAGUGUUGACAAAACGUGGGGUCAAGCUGUCGUUUGUCCUGGAUGAGGGCUCCGCCAUACUCGACGGGAUCCUCCAGGGUCUGGACGGAGCUGCUGCAGUAAUUGCCACAAGUGAAAAAGGCGCCACAGUUUUAAAACUAAGUGUCUCCAUGUCUCCAAGUCAUGCAUCCAUGCCCCCACGGGAAACUACCAUUGGCAUCCUGGCAUCUGCUGUAAAAAGGUUGGAGGACAACCCUAUGAAGCGGCUCUUUGGUCAGGGGCCUGAACGAGGAAUGUUAGAACAUCUGGCUCAUAAGUUCAGAUUCCCUUUGAAUGUUGUAAUGUCAAAUCUGUGGUUGUUCGCACCGUUGAUUGCCAGAGUCAUGGAAAAAAAUGAAACGACCAAUGCCUUUGUACGGACCACGACAGCUGUCACUAUGUUUAACGCCGGAGUGAAGGACAAUGUGAUCGCUUCAUACGCAGAAGCUUUUGUGAAUUUGCGAAUCCACUCAGCACAUUCACUGCAAGAGGUUUUGGAGUUUGUGGAGUCCACCAUAGGAGACCCACGAGUUAAAAUAGAUGUUGUAUAUGGAUUCGACCCAUUACCCAUCAGCCCUUACGACGAAAUGGCUUUCGGAUAUCAACUCAUAAAGAGAACAGUGCUGGACAUGUUUCCAUCUGUCACCGUUGUUCCAGGUUUAUGUGUGGGAAAUACGGACAGUCGGCACUUUAAAGACCUGAGCAGCAGCAUAUAUCGAUUUACUCCCGUCUGGUACAAACCUGGGGAUGCUCAACGAUUCCAUGGCAUCAAUGAAAGGAUUGCCAAAGACAACUACGAAGGCCUUGUUCAGUUUUACUUCAGGUUUAUACAAAACUGUGACACCAAGAGGCUCCCAGACGCACACAGCACUGUCCAUGAACUAUAG